AUGAAGUUCAUACUAUCAUUAGUUGGACUCACAGCCCUGGCGGCUGCGGCGCCAUCCAACAUCCGCGAUAUCGAGCCGACAAGGACUCUGGAGAAGCGAGCUACGACUCUGUGCGGUCAGUGGGACUCGGUUGAAACCGGCGGCUACACCAUUUACAACAACCUCUGGGGAAAGGACAGCGGAAGCGGCUCUCAGUGUCUUACCGUUGACGGGAUUAGCAAUAGUCUGUUGAAGUGGUCUACAACCUGCGCGUCUGCUGUUCGAGUCUCAACCAUUUCUUCUAUCCCCUCCAAAUGGCAGUGGACUUACAGCGGAUCCGGAGUCGUGGCCAACGUUGCCUACGAUCUUUUUUCCAACGCUGACUGUGGAACCACCCCUGAAUUCGAGAUUAUGAUCUGGCUGAGCGCUAUAGGAGGUGCCGGUCCCAUUAGUGCUACCGGCUCAGCCAUCGCCACCGUCACUAUUUCCGGAGCAUCAUGGAAGCUCUGGAAGGGCACAAAUAGUCAGAUGACCGUAUUUAGCUUUGUCGCCGAAUCUGCGCAGAACAACUUCAGCGGUGACUUGAACGACUUUAUCAAGUACCUCACGCAGUCACAGGGAUACUCUGGCUCUCAGUGUCUCUACUCGAUCGGCGCUGGCACCGAGCCCUUUGUAGGUAGCGAUACCCAGUUCACAACCACCGGAUACAGCGUGUCCCUCUCUGCUGGCUCCUCCGGCAGUGACGAAGGAAGCAGUGGGGAUAGCGACAGCGGUAGUCAAACGACAACAACUUCUGCUGCUCAGGCCCAGCCUACUGCUACUGGCACAAAUUGUGCCGGAAUUUGGGGCCAGUGUGGUGGUGAGGGCUGGACCGGAGCCACUUGCUGCAGUCAGGGAACUUGCACCUCCUCAAACCAGUGGUACUCCCAGUGCAUCUAG